AUGUUCAACCUCUCCUUUCACUUUCUGAUUGUCUCCUCUUUCAAUCCUUUCUAUUUUAUCUUUCUUCUAUUUUUUCUUUCUUCUUCUUUCUGUUAUGCUCUUACUUUCCCUUUUUCUUCUCUUUCCUUCCACAUCAUUCCCUUUUAUUUUUCCUUAAUUCAUUCUCCUUCUUCUCUCCAUUUUGUCUUUAUCUCUUUCAUUGUCUUUCAUUCUACCCUCUGUCUCUUUCAUUCACUUUCAUAUUCUUCUCCACCUCAUUUAUUCUCUCUCUUUCUCUCUUAUUUUUCCCCUCUGUCUCUUUCAUUUUCUAUAACUUUUUCUUUCUAUUUCAUUCAUUCUCUUUCACUUUUUCUUCUGCCUCUUUCCUUCUGUUCCUUCAUCUCUUUCAAUUUCCCCCACUUUCUUUCAUUGUCUCUCAUUUUUGAAUGUACUUCUUUCAUUGUUUCCCAUUUUCCCUCUCUCUUUUUCAUUCUCCUUCAUUUACCUUCCAUUUUUUUUUCUUUCAAUCUCUUUCAUUCUCUUCAAAUCCUCACUCCUUGUCAUGCAAUCAUCAUCGGUCUCUACAACUUGUCGGCUCCUCCUCGAUUUUCUUUUGGGCUUUUUGUCUUCUUCACUUUUGCUUUCUUUCUCUUCAACACUUUCUUUACCCAAUUUUCUUUUCAGUUUUAUUCUCUCUUUUCUCCCUAUUUUCUUGUAUUCCUUCUUUCUUUAAUCUCCUUCUUUUUUUUUAUUUUCUCCCUCUCUCUCUCUCUCUCUCUCUCUCUUUCUCCCCCCACUUAUUUUCUCCAUCUUUGUUUCUCGCUUUGCUUGAUUCUUCUCCCUUUUUCUCAUUUAUAUAUUUCUCUCGCUCUCUUUGCCUCUUUUCAGCACUCUUUGUUUCUCCGCUUCUCGUUAUUCUCUCCUUUUUUCUUCUUUUUUCUCUUGUUUUCUCUUUAUCUUGUUCUUUUUUUCAUCAUACCCUCUUUCUCACUCUCAUAUUUUAUUCCUAUGUUUCUUUCCUUCAUAGUCUCUCUCUCUCCCACAUUGUUUCUCUUUGUCUUUUUCAUUGUUACUUAUCUCUUUCUCUUUUUUGUAUUUCUCUUUCUUUGUCUCUUUUUUAUCCUUUUCUUUUCUUUUAUGAUUUACUCUCUCUCUCUUUCCCACUCAUAUUCUAUUCCUGUGUCUCUUUCUUUCUUCUUUUUCAGUCAUUCUUUCUUCUUUCUCAAUCAUUCCCACUCCCACUCUCUCUCUCUCUCUCUCUCUCUCUCUCUCUCUCUCUCUCUUUCCAUUCAUGCUAUCAUUCUUUCCUCUAUAUUCUUUGCAACUUCUCUUGAAUUUUGGGGCAGCCUCAGGGUAUGUCAUCCUGCCCUCACUGCUGCAAACGCUACAACUCUUCUGCCUUCAUACACCAGUCCCACCACUACACUGCACAAGAUUUUUCUCUUUUUUUUCUCUCCCACCUUUCUUUCUUUCUUUCUUUCUUUCUUUCUUUCUUUCUUUCUUUCCCUACUGUUUUUUGUCUUCUUUCCUUUAAUCAUCUGUCUUUUUUUUAUUUUCUUUUUUCUACCUCUUUCUUGUGCAUUCAUUUUUUCUUUUUCAUUCAUAUUUGUUUAUUCAGCUCUUUUUCCCCACGUUUUUUCUUUUUCUUUCAUUUUUUUUUUCUCCUUUUCACUCACUUUUUUUCUUUCUAUUUUCUCGUUUUCUUGUUUCUAA